ACAAACAACGACCGCGACAGGUUCGUCAGUCUUACUCCGGUCCGGACGUACGUUGCAUCGCGCAGUGGAGCACUGUUACUGACCGGUAGCCAGUACCGGGUGGAUUAACGCCUCAGUUCUGUCGUCGCGUGGAUUGUGAACGUGUGGUGUGGUGCGCGUAUCAUCGAGCGAAGUGUCCAUCCAGCCCGUGCGGCUGUGGAUCACUAAUUGAAUUUAAAUCCCACAGUUGGGUCCUCGUGCCAAAACGCGCGCUCGACCUCAAAGCAGAGAAAGUGGACCCGAUGGUAAUGGCUAAUCCGUGAUGUGGCUGGGAUUCGGUCGCGACUGUGAACGCACGGUGUAGCACGUGUUUCGCUGUGGUACAAGGUGCUUCCGGGGUAUUCGUCCAACUCGAUUCGAACGCACGCGAAUUCGAUAUCCAUUGCCGAAAGUGGGCAGUCAGACAUAUUUUCAGCUUGCGCAGGGCAGGCAUAAACUGCUCGCAGAAAGUUUCGGAACGUUCGUGCUCGAGUCAGUGCAGUGUUUUUACCGGUUUCGCCCAAUGCACCAUGGGCCGACUGUGAUCCGAUCCGUGUCGAUUACACCCGUCUCGCCGUGAAGCGCGCCAUGAAACUGUUACUCAAGAUACACAGCAAAGACCGGCACUCGACGACGACCGCGGCGGUCAAUCUGUUCCAGCGGAAGCGUAAAUAUUAUCACCGUAGACAUUCGAAAUCAUCGUCCCCGGUUCCGCCGGGGGCUAGCUCCCUGCCUGCCUCCCAGCCGUCUGGCUCACCCGCAUCUUCCAACCCGUCGCACGUGUCCUCAUCGGCGGGCGCAUCGCCCGGCGGUCCGUUUGACGCCGAUCUGGGCGCUUCCGGUGCGUCACUGGCCAAUCUCAUCUACGGUGGAACCGGAAGCUGCACGGCCGAACCGAACGCCUGCUCCAUCGAAAGACGUCCGCUACUGCGGAAUUCCCCAUCACAGUCAUCGGCACGCAGUUUCGCUAGCUCCUCUUCCCGAUCCGGCCGCAACAAUCAGAACCGCGGGCUACCUUCGGCGGAACCAUCGACCCUUCGGCAGGAACGCUACUUCAUCUACGGUGCGCUGAUAUUUUUUGCGAUCGUCGGAUUCUCCACCGCUAUCUACUUCGUCGUUAACCAGGUCCACGGUCCUGCUGACAGCGGGCGGGAAAUACUGUUCGGCAACAACUACCACCGGCAAACGAUGCCCAAUCUCGGCAACAGCCACAUGAUCAUCGACCGGCGGAACUGGGGAUCGCAGCCGGACGUGCACGGUUCGGUUCCGCUUGAGCAUCCGAUCGAGUAUGUGCUCAUUACGCACAUUGGCGUGCCGACGAAGAAUUGCUCCGGUAUGCACGAAUGUUCCAACAGGAUGCGGAUGCUGCAGGACGCAGCCAUCGGUGAGCGGAAUUUGCCCGACAUUCCAAGCAAUUUCUAUCUCGGUGCCGAUGGCAAUGUGUACGUGGGGCGUGGUUGGGACAUUGCCAAUGCGUACCAAAACCGAACACUGUCCGUCUGCUUCAUGGGAUACUUCCAAAAGUAUGGUCCACAAGAAUCCCAAAUAUCGGCACUGCUGCAUCUCCUCACGUACGGCGUUAUUCAGCGAAAGCUUGCCAACGAUUAUAAGCUUGUAGCGCGGCGACAGACCAAACCAAGCUCCUUGAGUCCGGGUGACGCACUGUACGCUAGGCUGAUGCAAAUGUCCCGGUGGUAUCCUUGCGGCACGCAAGCAUACGCCCACUGUGGAGCAGAACUGGGCUUCCCGAGCGUCUGGGACGAGGAGCGCAAUUUCAACGAACAUGGAUAUAACAAUCAAAACAGAUUUAUGCCGCCCAAUAGUGCGAAUGGCUUGAAGUACGAACGGCUCAUCGUCUACAGCAUAAUCUCACUGCUCAUAAUCGCUGGUCUGCUGUUACUGCUUUACGUUAUCUACAUGACAAUCCCCUCGGACGGCACGCUCACCAGCAGGGAAAUAUUUUUUGAGAACGAUUCUACUUCCAAGACCAUUCCCAAUCUUGGCAACGGGCACAUGAUGAUCGAUCGUAACAACUGGGGAGCACAGCAGAACGUACAUGGACCGUACGAGCUGCCACAUCCCAUACCGUACGUGCUGAUCACUCACAUCGGCGUCCACUCGGAGACCUGUGCCGAUGUGCACGUGUGCUCGAUCAAGAUGCGCACCCUGCAGGACGCAGCGAUCGCCGAGCGGAGUCUGCAGGACAUACAGAGCAACUUCUACAUCGGUGGCGACGGAAACGUGUAUGUCGGGCGUGGAUGGAAUACGGCCAAUGCGUACGCCAACUUGACGCUGGCCGUAUGCUUCAUGGGCGAUUAUGGCCGAUAUGUACCGAACGAUCGGCAAAUGUCGGCCCUCGAACAUCUGCUAACGUACGGCGAGAAGCAACAUCUGCUGACGGAAGAUUACAAAAUCGUUGCACACGCACAGACGCGAAAUACACGCAGCCCCGGAAUUAAUCUGUACGAAAAGAUAAUGAAGCUUUCCAGAUGGUAUCCAUGUGGACGACCAGGCUACGAUCGGUGUGGCGUGGAGAUUGGGCUUCCAGAUGUUUGGGCACAAGAAUUUCCCAAGAUCGACAACACAUCUACUUUAUCACCUGGUACUAAUGGCACCCAAGCUAAAUAGAUCGAUAAUUGUUAAGGCCACUAUGCUAGAUGCUUUGAAGCGCUCUGUAGCUGGAUCUAAAGCUUCUAGCGCAAGACUGUUGAAUAUUGGCGAAGAAAAGAUUAUUCAAAAUAUCCUGUUAAAAGCUGCCUGUUAAAGCUGCUAAAGAGUGCAUCACUCCAAGACCAAGGUGUGAAUUCAGCCAAGAAAAUCUUUAUGGUCUUCGACAAGGAU